AUGAAGCCUUGCGAUCUUCUGUGGUCAUGCGCCACGCUGAUUGGCGCUGCCACGGCCUCUCACGAUGCAUAUCUAUGGACAGUUGACGCAGGCAACAUCAAACAAGUCUACAAUCAAGCUUCAGCGAUAUCAUCAUGGACUGCCGAAAGGAUAAUAGCACGCCGGAAGGGUGCUUCGGAUUCGCAAUAUAUCGAUACAGCCAGCCAAGAUGUGAUAUCAGACCUCAAUAGAUUUGGUGGUUGGCAGCCACCUCUCUUUGGUGCUGGCCAAUCUGAGCGACCAGCAAAGGUAUUCGUGAGAAUAUCAGGCUUUGAUGGAGCUGUAUCAGAUUUCAACACAUUACCAGACGUCUGGAUUGAAAAGCCAGAAUCGAAUCUGCUUAACACCUUUGAUACCAAGGUCGACACCAAAAAUGUGUGCGAGUACACCAUCAAACCUCGCAGCAAGAACAGCGUUAGCAUCCAGUACACGUACUUCGACCAGACAAAGACAUGUCUGCCACAAAGCGAGAUAGAAUCAUUACCUGCCAUGCUUGCGCUUAUCGUAACAGUGCCUACGGCCGAUACAGCUGCUGGCAAAGGCGUAUCUUCCUUUCAUCGAACACUUCUUCAUCUCGCUGCCACGGAGAACAUCGAAUCUACCCUCCUCAUCCUUCCUACCAUCUCCAAGCUCAAGAAGUCUACUAAAUCCGAGCUCAAGAAGCGGAUCGAAACUCCUUUCGAACUCCCACCUGUUACAGCAGAUACCCCGUUCUUGACAAGCAACAAAUCAUCGAAUGCCACUCUACCGAAAGUGAUCCCACAAUAUUUCACGUCGAAAGAGUCAUGCGACAACACGACAAACUCUUGUAUGGGUCAUGGUAAGUGUGUCAAGACGCACGGUAAUCAGUACCGAUGCAAGUGUUCGAGCACUGUUGUGCGGACCAAUGAUGACGGCACUACAAAGAGCGUACAGUGGGGUGGAAAUGCCUGUCAAAAGAAGGACAUAAGCAGUCAGUUCAUUCUUUUUGCUACUUUUGGUGUAUUCUUCCUCACUGUCGUCGGUGGCGCCAUCGGUAUGCUUUUCUCGAUGGGUAGUGAGAAGCUGCCAAGUGUCAUCGGUGCUGGUGUUGUUGGUCCUCGUGCUCAGAGAUAA